AUGAAUAAUGAUCACUUGUAUUCAUUCGACGAGAAUUGCUGGUCUGAUCUGAUUGAUUACAGCAACCUGUUAAACGACGUCGAGCCGGUCGAACUUUCGUGGAACCUUCCAUGCCACUCCGUAAGUACUGCGGUGGGAGUAGAUGUCUCUCUUUGUGGACCUAUAUCACAAGGAAGUGAAUGUGCAGAAAAAGAAUGCCCGAGAAACAGGGAACACGGUGAUCUGUGCAGAGGAGUUGGAACUAAAGCAUGUCGUGAGAGAAUGAGGAGAGAAAAAUUAAAUGACAGGUUCUCAGAAUUGUGUGCUAUUCUGGAACUGGGCAGACCCAUGAAAAUUGAUAAAUUGGCCAUACUUGGUGAUGCCAUCGGAGUUCUGAAACAACUAAAAACUGAUUACUUGGAGUAUAAAGAGAUGAAUGAAAAGCUUUUGGAAGAGAUCAGGAUAUUGAAGGCAGAGAAAAAUGAACUUCAUGAUGAGAAACUUGUACUGAGAGCAAACAAGGAAAGGAUGGAGCAGCAAUUGAAAGCCAUGCCACUUCCAACUGCUGGGUUCAUGCCAGCACAUCCACCAGUAUAUCAGGGCGGGUCAAACAAGAUGCAGAUGUAUCCAGGCUACAGUUUUGUCCCAAUGUGGCAGUAUCUCCCGCCAUCUAACCGUGAUACUUCUCAAGAUCAUAACCUCAGGCCUCCUGCUGCUUGA